AUGGGAAUCACGUCGUACAUUAAAUGCUUUCUCCUGACGAUUCUUUCCUCGUUACUACUCAUUGCAACUAUUGUGACAUGGUAUAGCAGAUUCACGAGCAACCUUAUGCCACUUGUGUCACGUGAUAGUGGAAGAUACACCACAAAACCGUCACAAUCAACGUGCCAACUAGCAGAGAAUAUCGUCUUUAUAAAAACUCAUAAAACAGGAAGUACUUCACUUCAAUGUAUCUUGUGUCGCUACGGAUAUGCAAAUAAUCUAUCAUUCGUUUUUUCCACGCUUAAUAGAGGGAACGGACAUAUACGAAAGAUACAUAUCAAUGAGUCAGUAAUUCUGCCACCGCUUGGUGGCGCUGUUAAUUCAUCAUUCAAAUACAAUAUCCUUACUAGUCAUGUGUCGUACAAGCGAGAAACAAUAAACUCAUUCAUGGAGGACAACCCUAUUUAUGUGACUAUUUUAAGAGAGCCAGCCACGCACGUAGAGUCACAUAUGAACUUUUUCAAGCACAGAAAACAAGUAAUGGCGUCUAUGCAAUCAUUCAUUAAAAACCCACGUAUCUCUAUAAAUGCGACGGGCAGAAAUAUUCAGUUGAGAGAAUUUGGAUUAUCCUUCCAAUCAACACUCAAUGAAAGUAUUGUGAAUGAAACCAUUAUAAGACUGGACAAAGAAUUCGACCUAGUUCUUAUACUUGAAUACUUCGACGAAUCUCUGAUUCUGCUGAAAAAUUUGCUGUGA